AUGCUGCUGCUGCUCGGGGAGGAGGGGCUGGUGCUGGGGAUAGAGAGCAGCUGCGACGACACUGGGGUGGCCCUCGUCACGCCCUCGGGGCGCGUGGUGGCGGAGGCCCUCUCCUCGAGUCUGGCCGUCCACGCCCGCGAAAGCUACGGCGGCGUGGUGCCCCACAUCGCGCGCCGCGAGCACGAGCGCGCUCUCCCUCUCCUCCUCGCCCACGUGCUGGCCCAAGCCGGCAGUGCACUCUCGGGCGCCAACGCGCCCGCCAGCAGCAGCAGCACCAGCAACACCAGCAGUAGCAGCGCCGGCAGCGAGCGGAGGGCUCGGAAUCAAAGGCUUUGUGCCGUGGCUGUCACGGCCGGCCCUGGGCUGGCCGUGUGCCUGUCGGUGGGGCUGGAGACGGCGCGCAACUUGGCCAUCGAGAGUGGCCUCCCGUUCAUCGCCGUCAACCAUCUUGAGGCGCAUGCGCUGGUGGCACGUUUGGCAGAGCCGACGCUGGAGUUUCCCUUCCUCGUGUGUCUGGUGUCGGGAGGCCACACGCAGCUCCUCUACGCGCAGGAUGUCGACCGAUACCUGCUCCUUGGCGCCUACGACAAAAUGGCUCGCCUGCUCGAACUUGAGCCGACGCGAGAGAACGAACCGGCCGGGGAAAUGCUGGAGCGGGUAGCGCGGGGUGGGGACGCCGAGGCCUACCGGUUUCCGGUUCCGCUGGCCAAGCAAAAGACGUGCGACUUUUCGUUCUCGGGGCUCAAAACCCGGGUGGUGCGCGAGGUGGCCUCCAUGGGCGGAGUCGCGCAGCUGGGCAGGCAGGGCGUGGCCGAUGUCGCGGCAUCCUUCCAGCGCGCUGCCGUGCGGCACCUCCGCGAUCGAACGGGUCGCGCGCUUCAGUGGUGCCAGCUCAACCGCCCCGACAGUCCGCCCAAUGCGUUGGUCGUGUGCGGGGGUGCAGCCCGCAACGUGCACAUCAGGCACAUGCUGCAGGAGCUCGCCCGUGAGUACCACGUGCCAGCCAUCUUCCCGCCGCUCCCCCUUUGUACCGGUACUGUACUGCUCCUCACUCCCUACUCCCCACUCCCUACUGCCUGA